AUGAGAUCCUGUUAUUCUCAUAAAGGUACUAGCCCUGGAAAGCAUACUGGAAAAUGCGUAUCAUAUGAUUCAAUUGGAAAAACAGAUAUACAAUCAGCUAAUAAUGGAGAAUAUUCCUAUUGCACUAUAUGUGGUAUAGUUCAUAAAGAUCCUCAUAAACAAGCUUUAUAUCCUUUAAGAGAAGACCAAUGUAGGUGUACUUAG